UUUUCUCUUUAUUUUCCAUCACACUAUGACUGACUUUGCCAACGUUGACUAUAGCCGCCUUGAAGCUUCUCUCUGCAACACUUCUGGCAACGUUCAACUUGCUGAACGUUUUAGAACACUUUUUACCCUCAAAAACAUUGCCACCGAACAAGCUAUCGAUAUUAUUGCUAAAGCCUUUAGCGACGAGUCUGAACUUUUGAAGCAUGAACUUGCUUAUUGUCUCGGUCAAAUUGGUAAUCCUCGUGCCAACCCUAUUCUUCAAAAAGUGUUAGAAAAUAUGAAUGAAGCCGAAAUGGUUCGUCAUGAAGCUGCUGAAGCUUUAGGUGCCAUUGGUUCUUUAGAAUCCCUCGAUGUGCUUGAAAAAUACUUGGAGGAUAAAAACGAGUCUGUUGUUCAAACUUGUGAGCUAGCUAUUGACAAAAUCAAGUAUGACAACGAUCCCAACAAUAAAGCUGAAAGAGAAGCCAAUAAGAGUCUUUAUAGCUCGGUUGAUCCAGCUCCCCCUACUGCCGAUACUAAAUCCAUCAAAGAAUUGGGUGAGCAACUCAUGAAUGCUGACCUUAAGUUGUUCAAGCGUUAUAGAGCUAUGUUUGCCUUGCGUGAAAUUGGUAAUGAAGAAGCUGUAUUGGAAUUGGCAAAGGGCUUGAAAGACAAAAGUGCCUUGUUCCGUCAUGAAGUUGCCUAUGUUUUUGGUCAAUUGCAACACCCUGCUUCUGUUCCUGCUUUGACGGAAUGUCUUCAAGAUAAGGAGGAAGCUCAUAUGGUCCGUCAUGAAGCUGCUGAAGCUUUAGGUUCUAUCGCUACACCUGAUGUUCUUAAGGUAUUGGAUUCUUUCAAGCAAGACAAUGAGCGUGUUGUCCGUGAUAGUUGCGCCGUUGCUCUUGAUAUGUAUGAAUACGAGACUAGUGGUCAAUUACAAUAUGCCAACAGUCUUGAAACUCAACCUCAAAACAUGCAUUCUCUUAAGCUUGCCUAAGCACGUUCACAUUUAGACAUCAUUACAUUUGUAUAUAAUAUUGAUAACCAACCCAAACCCCCCCCCCACUCUUUUUUAUUUUUUGUAUUUUAAUAAUUGAAAGAAAUGAAAUACUAUUUAUUUAAAUAGUUUAAUGAAGGUAGUACAGGAAGCACAGAGCC